AUGGCGGAAAUUAGGGUUUUUGACACCGCCAAUCCAAAACCUGUUUGUGGGAGGCCAUUGGGUUUGGCGUUGCACCAUGCAACAAACAGGCUGUACGUUUGUGAUGCCUUUUUCGGCUUCGGAGUGUUGGGCCUGAAGGGAGGACAGGUAACCAUACUUUCCACCGGUGCAGAUGGAGAGCCUUUCCGUUUCUGCAAUGCAGUGGAUGUCCAACGAACUGGAGAUGUAUAUUUCACAGAUAUCAGUGCUGUCUACGAUGUAAGGUUCUUUUCUAUACAACUUGAAACAGCAAUAAGUACUAACGAUUCAACAGGGAGGUUGAUGAAGUAUGACUUCAAGACUGAGCAAGUGACAGUGUUGUUUAGGAAUCUUUCCGGUGCAGCAGGGGUUGCAGUUGAUGAGGAAGCCAAAUUCGUCCUGGUUUCCAAGUUCAUUAUUAACAGGACUAUAAAGAUUUGGCUACAGGGUCCUAAAGUUAACAAAUUUGAGAUCAUAAACUUGCAGCCAAUGCCGGAUAACAUCAAGAGGACUGCAUCGGAAAAUGUCUGGCUAGCGGCAGCAAUGAUAAAACAAGGCACACAAUCACUUGUGCCUAUAGGGCAAAGGAUCAAUGCAUCUGGCACUGUUUCACGAACAGUGAAUUUUGAGCGAUGGUAUGGAAAUAAAUCAAUCAGUGAAGUUCAAGAGUUUGAUGGUCUGCUCUACGUAGCAUCACGGUUAGUGAAUUUUAUUGGUGUCUACAAGCAUUAA